UUGGCUCUGCUUCCAGUAACGUGUCAUAAACAGUGAAGUCCGGAUGGUGACAAUAAUCCUGGAUACAAUCAUAUUAAAUAAGCAUAUAAUGAGGCCGUAACAUCUUGGAAGUACUUUUGUUUUUGAAGAGGUGAAGAAACGAUGGAGAAUAUUCAAAACCUUCCAAUCGACAUACAGACCAGCAAGCUUUUGGACUGGCUGCUGGAUCGACGCCACUGUAAUCUGAAAUGGCAGAGUGCAGUGAAAGAUAUCCGAGAGAAGAUCAACGCUGCCAUCCAGGACAUGCCGGAGAACGAGGAGAUCAAGCAGCUUCUCUCCGGCUCCUACAUUCACUACUUUCACUGCUUGAGGAUAGUGGAGAUACUGAAGGGAACUGAGGCUUCCUCCAAGAACAUCUUUGGCAGAUAUUCAUCUCAGAGAAUGAAGGACUGGCAAGAGAUUGUGACCCUUUAUGAGGCAGAUAAUAUCUAUUUGGCGGAGGUGGCCAGCUUGCUGAGUCGCAAUGUCAGCUACGAAGGCCCGGCUCUGAGGAAGCAGCUGGCCAAAGCCCAGCAACUGCAGCAGGAGCUGAGCAGGCGGGAAGUGGAGUGCCAGAGCUCAGCCGCAGACCUGAAGGAACGCUACUAUGCUGCCUGCAAACAGUAUGGCAUCACAGGAGAAAAUGUGGCUCGAGAGCUUCAGGCUCUGGUCAAAGACUUACCAGCGGUUCUUGAGGAAGUGGGGAAAGAUGCAGCGAAGUUAGAGGAGCAAAUCCAACUUUAUUCUGCUUUCGCAAACUUUGUAUGUGAGUGGUCGGAACCAGUCCUGCCCAUGCUGACAUUCGCCCAGACGAGAGGAAACACAACGUUUUACGAGUGGAGAACGGGGAAAGUCCCCACAGUUAUUGAGAGGCCAGUUGUGGAGGAAGCACCUACUGACAUGGUCACAGAGGAUAUGAUUGACUGGGGGGACUUUGGCAACAGUGCAGACACUCCGGGUGUUAACUCCGGUAUCACAGUUGAGGAUGGAAUAGACUGGGGCAUCAGUCUGGAUCCGAGCUCAGAGGACACAGGUGCUGCUGGUAUUGACUGGGGGGACAGUGAAGCAGCUCCCACUGAAAUUGAAAUUGUAGAUGCGGGCAUAGACUGUCCUGAGGGCGUGGCAAGAGGCGAGGAUGCUUUAACUAUACUGGAGAACUCUCAGUCACGCAGCCAGUUCAUUGAUGAGCUAACAGAGCUGGAAGUGUUCCUUACCCAGCGCAUAAGUGAGAUGGGAGAGGAGGGAGAUGUGGUAGCUAUGAGCCAGUUCCAGAUGGCCCCUACUGUCAUCCAAGGCCAAUCCCGUGAACAUGUCCGGGAGAUGCUGUCAGUGGUGCAGGACCUCCUGGUCCGCCUCACCUCUCUGCGGAUGCAGCACCUGUUUAUGAUCCAGGCCUCGCCCCGGUAUGUUGAGCGUGUGUCAGAGGUGCUGAGGCAGAAGCUGAAGCAGGCAGACAUUCUGCUACUGAAAGGUGCCACAAUGGUUGAGAAAAGGCAGGAAGCCCUGGAGGAGCAGUCCAGACUGGAGCCUCGUGUUGACCUGCUGGCAGGAUGCACCCGGGAACUCCAGAAACUGAUUGAAGCCGACAUUUCAAAGCGAUACAACAAAAGGCCUGUCAACCUAAUGGGGGUUAAUAUAUAGUGAACAUCAACAUCACAGACGUUUACUCUAAAUAUUUUGUCAAGACCUACUUGGAGAAAUAAAAGUGGUAUUUAAUAUUA